AGCAAGGGUGAGGACCCCGACCUGCAGCCCCGGCUGCGGAGGGUGCGAUGGAGCCGGCUCGGUGCCGGCUGCUCUCCUACCUCCAGCUGGGCAGGGCCCUUCCUUGUGCCGGAGCUCACCCGAUCCCGGUGGUUACCUGCGCUGCCGGAUCGGGUUCCCGGGCACAGGGAUCACCUUACGGCCCAGCCGGCAGCCAGCGCCAUGUAUAAUUCAGCAGCGCUGGCAGCGCGAUGCGGCAGGCGGGCAGGCGCAGGCAGGCCCGGGAGGGCACCCCCAUGGAGAACGGUGUGGGGCAGGAGCCGGGGACCCCCGAGCCACCCGCCGCUGGGGGCGUCCCGGCCCCGCGCCCCCCCUGUGCUCGCCCCAGGCUGGUGUUUCACACGCAGCUGGCCCACGGCAGCCCCACGGGGCGCAUUGAGGGCUUCACCAACGUCAAGGAGCUCUACGUCAAAAUCGCCGAGGUCUUUGGCAUCUCUCCCACUGAGAUCCUCUUUUGCACGCUCAACACGCACAAAGUAGACAUGCAGAAGCUGCUGGGGGGACAGAUCGGCCUGGAGGACUUCAUCUUCGCCCAUGUCCGGGGUGAGACGAAGGAGGUGGAGGUGACCAAGACGGAGGACGCGCUUGGCCUCACCAUCACAGACAACGGGGCGGGCUACGCUUUCAUCAAGAGAAUCAAGGAGGGGAGCAUCAUCAACCGCAUCCAGACGGUGUGUGUGGGCGACAGCAUCGAGGCCAUCAACGACCAGACCAUUGUGGGCUGCCGGCACUACGAGGUGGCGCGGAUGCUGCGGGAGCUGCCCCGGGCUCAGCCCUUCACCCUCCGCCUGGUGCAGCCCAAAAAGGCUUUUGACAUGAUCGGGCAGAGGACGCGGAGCAGCAAGUCCCCGUGUGAGGGCAGAGUGGCCAGCGGGAAGGAAACGCUGCGGCUGCGGGCGCAGGGCCCAGCCACGCUGCAGGAAGGGCCCAGCGUGUUGGAAGAAGAAGCUGCCCGCCGGGUGGACGACCUGCUGGAGAGCUACAUGGGCAUCCGCGACCGCGAGCUGGCCUCGACCAUGGUGGAGGCGGCCAAGGAGAGCCCCGGUGUGGCCCAGCUGGCCCGUGGCUUGGACUCGGUGCUGGGCGAGUUCGCCUUCCCCCAGGAGUUUGUGGCUGAGGUGUGGGCAGCCGUUUGCCACCCCAGUGGGGCGCAGGAGUAGCUGGGGGGUGGCGGUGCCCCUCACCCUGUCCCUUCCCCACGUCCCCACCCCGCCUGAGGCCGGUUGUGCCAGUGGGGUGGGACCGUUCUCCCCGUGCCCUCUCCUGAGCUGCACCCAGGUGUGUCCACUGGGUUGGGGGCCAGCGGGGCUCCCAGCCCAUCCCCCCCAAGGGCCCCCUCACCCCCAAAACAUGGCGGGAAGCGGCCAUGGCUCAUUAAAACAGAGACUGGAGGAAAA